UCUUUACUUCUAUUAUGAACAUUUAUCUUGUAAGAUAAGAUAAUUGAUCGAUGAAACUGCCAAUUGUUAUGGGAAAGGCUAACGUUCAUGCCUAUUAUUUUGGUCAUUUCUGAUAUUUUCAUUCAAGUACCUGAAUAUGCAGCCGUCUGAAGAAAUAGACAUGUCUACUUUUUGGAAUUCGAAUAAUGAAUCCCCUAUUGCUCAACAACCAUCACCUGAUAGGGAAGAGGAAAGACGAACCAGGCUUAUGCUUCCAAUUUCCACAAUUGACUGGCAAUCUACCAAUUCUACCCACUUCCUAGCUUUAUCAGGCCUCGAUUUUAUGAAUAAUGUGGAGAGCUUAAUUAUUCAACAAAGUGUAGAGUUAUUGGAAGUUGUUUCAGAUAUGUCUUCUGAAAAUAGAUACACCAUCAAAGUUCCCAGAGGUGAAACAAUCUAUUAUGCUACAGAAUCGUCAACUUCGUGCGAAAGAAACUUUUUCGGUUCUAGUAGAGCCUUCAAAAUGGAGCUGCAUGAUGCAACCCAACAGUUGGCUCUAACCUUCAAAAGGAACUUGGCAUGUGGUACUUGCUGCACAUGUUGGGUUCAUCUGCAACUUAUUGAGGUUUAUAAUGGAAAUGGUCAAUACUUAGGAUGUACAGAACAGAAGGCUCAUUGUACCAAGCCUUAUUUUUCAGUAAAGGAUAAAUUCAACAACACUGUUUAUCGGAUACUUGGGCCGACUAAAAUACUCUGUUGCAAUCCUGAAUAUCUCAAUUAUCAGAUUUUUUGUGAUAAUGGAUCAACUCAAGUGGGAAGUAUUGUUCACCAAUGGGAUGCUAUGCAAGUGUCUUACAAUACGAUUUUGCAAUUUCCUAAUAGGAGACUGAAUAAUGACUUGAAAGCUUCUCUCCUUGGUGCUGCAUUUCUAAUGGAAUAUAUGUACUUCCAAAGACGUAGGCAAUUCUUCAAAUGUAUCUGCUGAGUAUACACAAAUUCAAAGGAAAGGCCUUGGAAGUAUAUCAUCUGUGAUUUUGUUUUGAAGGAGUGAAUUACUAAUCUAGUUAAUCAAUAAAAUUUUGUAUAUCUCACCUA